AUGGCCGGCAGAAACACUGGCCGGCUUUUGAGCCUGAACGUAGCCAUCCUUUUCCUUCAUCUCUUGAUUUCUACCAUCUCCGCAACUCCCUUUGACUCUUCGUCCUCCGUGGUCGACACGUCGAUUUAUCAUCCUACAACCUUGAUCACUAUAUCCACUGCUGCCCCAAACACCAAUUUCGACAUAUCGUCCAUUACUUUCUUUGAUCAUGCACUGAAGGCUCGUGAAGACGAAGCGGAAGCUGACAAGAAUGACUGGUACCUCAAUUGUGCUGGUGACCACAAGCUAUCCCUUCAAUUCUGUGAGCAGCUUACGUAUGAUUAUUUCUGUCGUCUACACGAGCUCAACCAUGGCGGCCACGACCGCAACAUCAUGUGCGAAGCUGCAUGUACGUGUAAAAAGGGCCAUCCAACCCCUGGUUGCUCAUAUGUUAGAGGAAGAUGUUACGACUCCCAAGCCGAGACCGAACAGUUCGAACAGUUCCUCAAAGACCCAAUCAACAAAAUUGCACCAGAUAUUGAUGACCUCCAAACGACGCACGAUGACGGACUGCAAGCUCGGACUGAGAAUCCCAUCUUCGACACUCAGAACCAAGAAGCAGACACCUUUUCCUCAGGCCCAGUGCUAAGUGCUCUUGAAACUGUGGAGCAAGACGUUGACCAACCUUUGGAUGACAGUGCCAACCCAGACCUCCUUCCUUUGCUUAGACAGCGAGAUACAGAGCAAGCUUUACAUGACUUCGCCCUUGUUUGCAUUCAAAGAGAUUGGACGAAUAUAUGCGCGGGCAAUCCCUACAAGUACUCCUGUGACCAAAACGGUCGCGUCAGUUACCGAAGACUAGAUCUCUACUGCGAUGCUAUUUGCGGAUGCGUCGAUCUUGUCGCCAAGCCAAGGUGCUUUCGCCAUGGAAAGUGGCUCACCACAUGUCUCGCCAAAUUAGACAGUCGCGAGAUUGCUGGAAAUGAGCACUCAAGUCUGCAGGUUGCUACUGAGAAUAUUGCAGAAACGCCUCCCACGCCCGGUGACCUUCCCAUGUACUGCGGGAUAGACGGCACCGCUGAUACGAGGCUGACUCAGUUUUGCUCAGAGCACCAAUAUCACUGUACCCUUUCCAUUGUGGACGGCCAUGCCAAAUCAUUCCUGCGCUCAAAUUCAGAGACCGUGGAUCAAUGUGCCAAUAACUGUCACUGUGUCGGCAGUGCCGUCCGAGCCGAAUUUGAAAGCCACCAUGCAAUGCAACAGAUUGAAGAGCGAUCAGAUGCCGAAGUAGAGCAAUCUUUCAAUGCGAGCAUGUCUCAGUCCACAGGGCUUUCGGUUUUUUACUGCAUAAAGCACCAUGCCCAAACGUACAUUUGGGAAAUCGAUUUCCGACUCAUUGAGUUUUGCCAGAAUGAGAACUUUGUUUGUGCAGGGCAGUCACCAAACGACUCACCUGGGUUCCCACCAGUUGCAGCACUUCGGACCCAAAGUGCAAAGUAUCCAAAAUGUUUUGAGCGCUGCUACUGCGUCCACUUCGAGAAUCAUAACACCGUCUGGAAACGCUCUGAGGAAAUUUUCGAUAUGGGAGUCGAGGGCCAUCGAUCCAUCGACUCAGGAAUUGUGUCCGGCGAAGACGUCCCAAAUACGAGCGAAGCCCGUGAUUAUGUGCUCACUUGUGUUAAUGGGAAGGAUGAUCUCGCUGCAUUCUGCGCUCGUUUUUGGGCAUAUCAUUGCAGCGAAAUCGGGGUCCUUCAUCACGAUAACAUUGGAGACCCUGAUGACAUGUCAAGAAGUUACUGUGAUAUUUCUUGCCGAUGCUUGGAUCAACGUCCACAUGAGGAGGAUAAAGACGAAGCUGGAACAGGCUCUGGUAAUUGA